UUCACAGUUUGCUAUUUCACCUUCAUGGUAUGUGACACGAAAGGCGCAAUUUUGUGUAUUUUUAAAAUUAAAAGCAGAGUUUUAACAAAAUCGUCCUUAGCGCAAUUUAAAGUUAAUUCAUAAGUUAUAAUAAAGUGUAGUGAUUUCUUUAAGAUAUUUAUAAACUCUAUCAGAAUGCCCGAUAUUGAGAAACUAUUAAAACAAGCUGCUAUGCAAGUUGGUGCUGGUGGUAGUGCAGGAUUCGUAGAAGUGUGCAUUAUGCAUCCUCUAGAUUUAGUAAAAACAAGGCUACAACUACAAGCAACGAGAUCAUCACAGCACCAUUCUGAUCCUCAUUAUUACAACGGGAUAGUAGACUGUAUGAAAAAAAUGCACAGACAUGAAGGAUUACUAUCUUUUUGGAAAGGAAUUCUACCGCCGUUAUUAGCGGAAACUCCUAAAAGAGCUGUGAAGUUCCUCACUUUUGAACAGUAUAAAAGGUUUUUUAUGUUUGGCUCACCAACACCAACACCUAUAACAUUCGCACUAGCCGGCCUUGGUGCGGGCAUAACUGAAGCUAUACUAGUAAAUCCCUUUGAAGUGGUCAAAGUGACCCUUCAAUCGAACAGGCAAUUAGCCGCCCAAGUGCCCAGUACUUGGACAGUUACGAGGGAAAUUGUCAGAGAGAGUGGCCUUGGUUUUAGAGGGCUGAAUAAGGGACUGACGGCAACCAUAGCGCGAAAUGGCGUGUUCAAUAUGGUUUACUUCGGAUUUUAUCAUAGUGUUAAAGGGUACCUGCCGGAAUAUCAGGAUCCUCUCCUAGAAUUUGGACGUAAAGUAUUAAUUGGAUUUACUUCUGGUGUACUUGGAUCCUGUGUGAACAUACCGUUCGAUGUAGCCAAGAGUCGAAUUCAGGGUCCACAGCCGAUGCCCGGUGUAGUGAAAUAUAGUUCCACAACUGGGGCUAUUUACCUUGUUUAUAAGGAAGAAGGAUUCCGAGCCUUGUACAAAGGACUGUUGCCAAAAGUACUCCGAUUGGGCCCGGGUGGCGCAAUCAUGUUAGUCGUGUAUGACUAUGUUUACCAUUUCUUAGAAACUAAGUUUGAAAACAAGCCAAAAAUUUAGCAGUAUUAUUAAUUAAUGAUUGUAAACAUAUUUUUGUUUGAAUAAUUAAUGUUACUUACUGCCUUUAAAUACAUAUUUUUUGUUACCUACAAAAUGUAAUUUUUUGACGAUGGAUAUUAUAAAAAAUAUGUUUACUUUUUUUGUAAUUGUAAACAGUAAACUUUUAUGUGUAGGUAAAUUGAGUUACGUGUGAUUGUGCUGUGAUACUUUAUAAGAUGGUUGUUAUUUUUAUGAUUAAUAACAAAUGUUAUAUAUUUUAUCUUUUGUAUUAUAAAGAAAUACAAAUUUAGCAUUUACUAUAAAUAUGAGGCACUUAAUAAAAUAGCGUUGACUGUUUUUUAUCAUUGUUAUAAGACCUGAUGUACUACUGCUGUUACGAUAAUUUUAUGUCAAUAUUAGUAAUUGUAAUAAAUGUUGUGAUAUUAAA